AUGUUUUUCAAUGAGGAAUUAGAACACGCAGUUAAGACUAGAAAUUAUAAACUAAUACAAGAUUUAGUAAAAGAUAAAAAUAUUUCACUUGAUAUUCAGGAUGAUAAUGCACCGUUACUAUACGCAAUUGAAAAUGAUGAUUUGAGUCUAACAAAAUAUUUAAUUGAACUAGGAGCAAAUGUAAAUUUUCAUUAUGAAAUUCGAGCAUAUCCGAACUCAUCAGAAGAUCAAUUACAAAUAUAUCCAUUGAUGAAAGCCGUACACGAGCGUCGAUUUGAUAUCAUUAAAUUAUUGCUUGUUUCUGGAGCAAAUGUGACGGCAGUCGAUGCCAAAAACCGAUCAGUUAUGCAUUAUCUUGAUCACGCUGCUAACGCUAAUCAGCAUGAUCAUUGUGCAAAUAUUGUUCACAUACUUGUUCAAGCAGGAGCUGCAAUCAAUCAGCUUGAUAUUCAUAGACGAAACUCGUUAAAUGUAGCUAUCAAUGGAAGAUUUUGCUGUGAGCAUAUCAUACUGGGAUUAUUAGCAGAAGGUGCCAGUAUGAAUAUUGGUGAUUACAGUAAUCACACGCCUCUACAUUGGCUCAUGUAUUAUUGCAUGAGCCCAUAUACCAGUGAUUUAUUUAUCAGUCUAGAUUUUUCACAAUUUAACGACAUUGAUCUAAAUGCCCAAGAUAACUACGGUCUCACAUCUUUUCACCAUAUUCUGUUAGCUGCUUCGACCGACUAUCAAUCGAUAAAAUACUACGACAACCAAAAGCGUAUGGAAAAACUUAUUUGUAUUUCAGAUAAUCUUGUUAAAGCUGGUGGAAAAUGUGAUAUAGCUACGUAUUUUGGACGCACUCCGUUACAUUUCUGUUCACGAAUUUUCUUGAAACGUACUGUCGAAAUAUUGAUCAAAUUUUUCAUUGAUAAUGGUUGCAGUGUGAAUAGUAUCGACGGCAAUGGACAUUCAGCACUUGAUUUAUCUAUAGCUGCAAAUAAUGAAUGGGCUAGUUUAGCCUUGAUCGAGUAUGGUGGCAAAACAAUGAGAUUGAUUAAACCGAUAGAAAAUGGAUAUAUGCCUACGUUAUUCAGUGAAAACAAGUUGUAUCCACGAAUAGGAUAUAAUGAAAUACGAAACGACGAAAGGGACAAUCAACCGGAUGAAAGUGGUAUCAAUGAAUUUUUGAACGAAUGCAUAAAUAAUAGUGUGCUAGAAAAUGAUACAUUUUCAAAUAUAGUCGAUCAUAUUCACCAAUUUGUCAUUAAAUUAUGUAAAAUUAUGAAUGAAGUUAAUUCAAAAUUAAUUUUUAGUCCCUACUGCAGCGGUAGCGUAAGUGAAAAAACGAAAAUUGAUAUUCCAGAUGAAUUUGAUUAUCUUUUAAACAUAUCAUCAUCGUUUGAGGAAUAUUUUGAAAUCAUUGAAUAUGAUGACUGUAUCGGUUAUGCACAGUUAAAAUUGAAACAGGAUAUUAAUUUACCUUUGUAUAGUUAUUGGCAUUCAUUCACACAUAAUAAUUUGUUUUGUUCAAGAAUGUUUUUAUGUCAUUUUGAAACACUGUUACACAAAGCAUUAAAUGAACAAUCACAUAUAUUAGAAGAAUACAAUCUUGAAUUGGCGUCAUAUGAAGACUCAUGUUACCCAUUCAAAAUCAUUGAACCGGAUGUUACCUAUGGCCUCGAAUAUACAAGUAAAGCCAGCACAUGCAUUAAAUUAACUCAUCUCGAUGUAAAAAAUAGCAGACUUUUAAAUCUAAGUCUAGACUUGGUGCCGUGUCUAUUUUUAAAACAAUGGAUAUCGGGUCAAUUAAUAACCAUUUAUAAUAGUGAUGACAUGUCAACCCUGCUAUUAACAAAAUGCCGUCAAAAAAGCUUUCAUUUAUCAGAGUCACCUUGUACUUAUCUUCGUUUAUCAUUUUCACGAGUGGAAACAAAAGUAUUUACUGAAAUGCCGCCGAUAAUACGAAAAGCGUAUAUGCUAAUAAAACAUUUUGGAAUAUGGUAUGGAGAGUGUAGAUCAAACGAAUUUUAUCAGAUACCAUCCUAUGUUGUAAAAAUGGCUUUGUUUGACUAUAUUUUCUAUUCAUCCGAAGGAGAUAAAUGCCGUCCUCAUGGAUGUAACGACACAAAGAUUGUUAAGUGGGCAAUUAUUAUUUUGAAAUGUAUAGAAAAAGCAUGUAUAGACAAAUUAUUACCAUUGAUCUAUUUCACAGAGUGUGUAAAUGUUUUACCGUCUGAAAAAAUAAACCACAUAACUCAAAUUGCCCGUUACUGGUUGAAAGUGCUGCGUCGAUAUCUAGUAAAGAAAGACACAAAUUAUGACAUAAAUCUUUCUGAUUAA